AGAUGGAUGGCACACCCUCAUGGGAUGAUCCGAUCUUCUCGGAUUUUGGAGCACGCGGCGGGACCACUGGAGCUCACAGCAUCCAAGUGAUGUUGAGUCUGCAUGGAGGUGGAGGCCAUCACGGGAGCGGUGAUUUGAUGCCGACUGGUAGCGGUCAGCUUCACAAGCUGGAUUCGUCCAACAGUCCAUCACCGCAUCAUCAGGCUGCGUCGCAGCAUCAGCAUCAUCUACAACAGCAACAACAGCAACAACAAAAGGAACUCAAGGAACUUGAGUUGUCUAGUAUGUAUGCACCUCUGCCGUCGCAGACCCAAGACGUCACCACUUCGACAUCUACCAGCGUUACACCGACCUCGACAAGUCUUCAGCAGGGUUUGCAACUCGGCAACGCACUCAAGAGAAAGCCGGACGAUCCGAUUAAUGCUCUCGCUCCAGUCAGCAACGAAGUGCAGUCAGCCAAGAAGGACUCGAAGAAGAAGACUGAUAACAAUAAUAUCAAGAAGAAGAAGACAAGAACAACUUUUACGGCUUAUCAGUUAGAAGAAUUAGAACGAGCUUUCGAGCGAGCGCCUUAUCCGGAUGUCUUCGCACGCGACGAACUCGCAUUGAAGCUCGCCCUGUCAGAGACUCGCGUGCAAGUGUGGUUCCAGAAUCGUCGUGCCAAAUGGCGGAAGAAAGAACCACCGCGCAAGACCGCUGGUUAUAUGGCCGCAGGUUCUGCCAGCCCCGGUCUGUCAGGCUCCUUCACGUCGCUCAACAACACUUUAAACCCGUUCGCGUCGCCGACGACGGCGACGGCACCGCCGGAUGCCUGGGCGUACUCGCCGGCGGCAUACGACCUGGCCCCUCAUCUGAAUCUGCUGAGCCCAUCCAAUUCGCCGUACUCAACCGCAGCGGCGGCGGCCGCGGGUUUCGGCAAUAACGGUAGCGUCUCAUAUUCCUCGUACGCGAGCAUGCUGCCGACGCAGCACGACGCCACGUUGUUUACCACGCCGGCCACCGCCGGCAACACCAUGCGAAUGCACCAAGACUACAUGAACCCCGGCGGUGGUAGCAGCCCGCCGCAACCUGGCGGGCCGCUCACCCGCGCCGAUUAUCAGACCAUGGUGACGACGCACUCGCCACCCACCCACCUGGGUAACUCCAUGUCCGAGGACGAGCACGGUGGUUGCCUCACGGACAAGUACGCGCACGAGCAGACGGCCACGGCCGAUUACGGCCAGCAGCAGCCACCGCCGCCGCCGCCGUCGUCGAACGAUCAGAAGCAGGACUACGGCAUGCACUCGCCGCAGGCACGCCAGGCCAUGAAGGACCAGGUCAUGGUCAAGAGCGAGCCCAGCAGCCAGCCAAGCUACGUGCAGCUGCCUCCUUUUUUGAACUGACUCGCGGCCUCCUCCACUCUAGAUCUCUUCUAGGCGACUUUUGCGAUUUGUCCGCCUCCCGUGACGAGCGCGAGGAGUAUUAGGUCCUGGAUUUAGGUCGCGUAGUUUCAACUAGACUUCGCAUCCGGUGCUAUUUAAGCUGUAGCUCUCGACGGCGAGCAAGCGUUGUUCGAUCAUUAAAUUGAAGGUUGACAUUGAAGUAGGGGGUUUAGGGAGAGGAGCUAUUUAUAAAUCGUGAAUGUCGAUGAGAUCCCGAUAUGGAUUUGAGUGAUAGUAAAUCUUAGGAUCUCGAGCUCGAAUAUUUGCAUUGUGACAGUCGCAACAUUUCUUGUACUUGUUGCUUGAGUGAUCAGUAGGUAAUGCGAUCAUACAAGGGUGACUUUGAUCAAAUUCUGAUCAACCUUCCAGUAAGCAAACUGUUCGCGGUAUGGCUAUUAAUAGAUUGAUAACGGAUUUACUAAGAAUAUUCAAUAUUAUUUACAUCAAGUUCGUAUUUUUUGGCAGAAUUAAUAAGUCUUGACAAUAAAUCGAGGAUAAAAAAAAUAUCAGACGCAAAUCCCAUUCUAUUUUUCUAUUAUCGAACAUAUGCCAAUUUCUACUUUUAUCAUCCAUCUACCAUAUUUUAUUAACAUACUUUGCUUUAUUUUUGCCAAUUAUAUUUGCCAAUAAUAUUCUAUAAAUAUCACUGUAUCAAAUUUUAUAUAAAGUCUGUAAUCUUUCUACCCUUAAAAAUUUGUAGCAGGCAUUUUUUGUAAAAUCUAUUCUGAGCGUAUGUAACAAAUUACUUGGCAACUAAUUUAAUAAGUAAUAUUGUAAUAUUUUUUUAACAUGAACGAAAUUAU